AUGAUAUGGCCUGGAAAAGGAAGUCUCAGAAAGGAUGAUAAAACUAUUUUUUAUAGUGGAAAUAGAGAUGGAAAGUUCGAAAACGGAGUAGGAUUUGUAGUAAGCGAGAAUAUAUUACCAUAUGUUAAAGAUUUCCAGGCAAUAAAUGAGCGUAUGUGCUACAUACGGAUAACUGGAUGCAUAUUUGAUCUAAUAAUUAUAAAUUGUCACGCACCUACUGAAGACAAGAAGGAAGAUGAUAUCAAAGAAGAUUUUUUAUGA